AUAAAAUUGUAGGUUAAUCCGGUAGCCUACAGGCAUUAGCUGCAUUCGCGAAUACAAGGUCAGAUCUUGGCCAGUUUAUUUUUUAACAUAUAUGGAACACUAACAUAGUUACUCAAAUAAAUAGGCUAAAGUCUGUCUAAAAUCUGUAUAACACAUCCUUAUUGUGGGCUGGCCUUGAAGACAAUAUGGAAGCUCUAAAUCUACAAGGACCAAAGGACGAAAAGUACAGAUACAAUAUGAAACAUCCAAAACGUGGCAUGGCAAUCAUUAUAAACAACAAGUCCUUUGAUCCUGAAACAAGACAGCAAGAGAGAAAGGGUUCUGAUGUUGACGCGUCCAAUAUACGCCAACAGUUGCAUGAACUAGGCUUUAAACCUGAAGUCAAGACAAAUCAGACAGUUAAAGAAAUGUUGGGUCUUAUGAAAAAAGCCGGCAGUAUGGACCACUCCCAAGCGGACUGUUUUGCUUGUGUAAUAUUAAGCCAUGGGAAUGACAAUGGAGAAGUAUAUGGGAAAGAUGCCACUGUCAGCAUUGACACUCUCACAGAGCCACUGAAAGGGAACAAUUGUGCAAGUCUGGCAGGAAAACCUAAACUGUUUUUCAUACAAGCAUGUAGAGGUUCAAAGCUUGAUGAGGGAAUAGAAGUAACAGAUGGUCAUGGAGGUGAUGACAUUGAUGAAACAAACACUAACACAACAUACAGGAUCCCAGCAGAGGCAGAUUUCUUAAUGGCAUAUUCUGUAGUACCAGGCUAUUUUGCAUGGAGGAACUCAAGAGAGGGUUCAUGGUUCAUACAGGCGCUUUGUAUUGAACUGGAGGAACAUGGAGAAGACCCCGAUUUUGACAUCCUGAAAAUCAUGACAAGGGUCAACAGAAGAGUAGCUUUUGAUUUUCAAUCUAACAAUCCCAGAAUUCCUGCAAUGAAUCAAAUGAAGCAAAUACCAUCAAUAGUAUCUAUGCUUACAAAGGAAUUAUAUUUCACACCAAAAGAUGACGACUGAAAAAAAUAAAGCAAUCAUCGAUAGUAUCUAUGCUUACAAAGGAACUAUAUUUCACACCAAAA